AUGGUAACGCUCUCUGGACGAACUUUUGGGAAACUGUUCCAAAGUUGAUAUUCUUCUCGUGUGCAAAUGAACGGAGGGUUUCCCAAGAUUCUCUACCGCAUUGCGGUACCGAGCGAGUGUGAUCGGAUUCGGGAAGCGCUAUUAUCUUUCUACUUCCCGGAGGAACUACUGACACGAUCCUACCUGGAAGCGACACAAACCACCAUCGGACCAACGGAAGAACAGAUCCAAUAUGCGCUGUCUUUCGUCCAGCAGGGCAUGGUUGCGCUGGCGAUCGAGGAAGAUCAUGGUACGAUCGUUGGUGUUACGAUUGCACGGUGCGUAAAGCCCACUACAGCGGACGAGUUGUUAGCACUGGUUCCUGCAGUGUCCGGAACACGCCGGUGGACCGAAAUGUUGCACCUGUUUGCUCAUCUCGAACAAAUGGGUGAUGUUUGUGGUCGGUUUCGUUCGCGCCGUUCGUACCACGUGUUCGUGCUGGCGGUUGAGCCACAUUUCCGGCGCAGAGCGAUCGGUCAGAAGUUGAUGGAGUUCCAGUUGGCACGCGGGAAAUCGCUUCGUUUUCGUGUGGUGAGUGCAGAUUUUACGUGUGAAGUUGCGGCACGGAUAGGGGAGCGUAUGGACAUGCGGUGCGUGAGUGCGAUCUCGUUGAACCAAUACCGCAACCAGGCCGGAGAGCACCCGUUUGUGGCCUCGGGUCCGAAUCAUAUUGUAAGCACGUAUGCGCGUUAUGUAUGA